AUGACGUAUUUCAUGAAAUUUAUAUUUGUCUUCUCACAAGUUCAUACUAACUUUCGACUUGCUGAAAUGGAAAGUAUUUGUAACUUAUAUGGAAUUCCCUGUGACAAUAAUAUUUCAUUACUUUGUAACAAACGACAUGUUUAUGUGUUCGAAUUUCCAUCCUUUGAUGAUGUGACCAAAAUACUUUCACGUUCAGUUCUUAUAAAGUAUGUAGUAGAAUGGAUAACAAGUUGUAAUGAUUAUGAAGAAUUAUGUGCAAAUAUUGAAAAAAGAAGGCUUGAUAUAAAAAACUACGAUUCAGCCGAUCAAUCUUUUGCUAUACGCAUGCGAUCCAUUGGAAGAAAAUGCAGCCGCACCCCUCUUGAAAAUAUAAUUGCGAACAUUGGUAAGGCACUUGAUUUGACUAAAUCUCCAGUAGAUCUAAGUAAUCCAUGCAAUACAUUUUAUGUUAUCGAGGAGUAUAAUUCAAAUUCGCUUCAGAGGAUUCAUUUUGGAAAAUUGGUAGGAUGUGGUCAGGGUCGAUUAAAAAAUCACUACUGCUUGACUGAACGGUGUUACAUUGGUAAUACAACGAUAGAUCCAGAAUUAUCAUUCCUUCAAGCUAAUAUUGCAAAAGUGGAUAUUGGUUCACUUGUUCUUGAUCCAUUCUGUGGAACGGGUGGUCUGUUGAUUGCUGCUGCACAUUUUGGUGCUGCUGUUUUAGGAAGCGAAAUAAAUUAUCAAAUUGCCAGAGCUGUCGGUAAAUCGUCACGUGCUGGUGUCGAGUGCAAUACAGCAAAAGAAUCAGUUGCUGCAAAUUUUCGACAAUAUGGAAUAGAUUUUUAUUUCAUGGGUUUGAUAAUAGCGGAUGCUAGCCAACAUCAGCUAUGGCAUCCAGGCACACAUUCUGGCACCUUUCCUGUUUUUGAUGCAGUAAUCACUGACCCACCCUACGGAAUUAGAGAAAAAGGACAAAAAGUGAGCAUCAAAGGAAAGAAGGAAUCGUGGAUAGUCAAAGAUGCUCAGCAUGCAAAUCAUUAUCCUGAAAAGGCGAAAUAUUCCAUUUCUUCGGCAUUCCUUGAUCUCAUCGAUCUUGCUAGUAGAUUACUUGUUGUUGGUGGGCGUUUGUUAUUUUGGUUUCCAGUAUUCGAUGAUGAAUAUUCCGAAGCAAUUUUACCAAAACAUGAUGCGAUGAAAUUGAUUUAUAACUGUGAGCAGUCAUUGUCACGCAGGUAUUCCAGAAGAUUGCUUGUAUACGAGAAAUUAAGAAUGGUAAAGAACGAUGAGAAGACGUAUGUUGAAAAGGACUGCUACGAAAAUAUGACUUUUCGGCAGCGUGUGUUUAUGAAACAUUGA